CUACACUUCACGAAUGGAAUGUCUCGCAUCGCAUUUGGUUUUGUCGUCGUUCGCGAGUUGGAUUGGUGUUCGCUCCUGCUGAACUAGCCACUUGCGGGUGCCAAUCCAGCCCAUCACGCUCAUCUUGGCUUUUAGCCCACACACCAUAAUCUCGAUCUCAGCCGCGGUUGUGUCAGGUGCUAAAUUUUGUAGGAAGUGGAAUAAGGACGACGAACCACAGACAGAGACGACGACUACAACCACAAAUGUAACGCGAAAGCUUGCCUCGCGCGAUACUCUCGACAACGUACAAUCAGUCAACCCUGCUUCAUCGCGGGGAUCGCAAGAUGCAGAGAGCCGUAUCAACGAGCACGUUCCCCACUCGAUUUAUCAGAGCCAUGGGCAUCGAAAUUUCUCUGUUCCCAACAUCCCAGACGUCCAUCGCCGCAUGUCAGUGACCUCACAGAUCAAUGGACUGCCAACCUUCCCAUUCACACCUUUUUCGAAUGACGGCGAGAAGACAUUCCUCAGCAAUUUUGGCCAGAGGCUUCCUUCCGGGCAGCUGCCUCGUUUUAUCAAGCCGCUACCUGCGAAGAUUGGACCUGAGGAGAUCUCGUAUCUCGAGAAAAAGGGCGCAUUAACCGUACCUAAAGGUACACUUCGCAGCGAGAUGUUACGCGUGUAUGUCGAGUUUGUUCACCCGUACAUGCCGCUUCUGGAUCUACACGACUUCUUGAGCGUAAUUGACCGAUCAGACGGAAGCAACGGAAAAGUCAGCUUGAUUUUGUUCCAAGCAGUCAUGUUUGCCGGAUCGGCGUUCGUCGACAUGUCGCACCUCCGAGCCGCAGGCUACGCUACUCGGAAAGAGGCCCGCAAGGACUUCUUCCAGAAGACUAGAAUCUUGUACGACUUUGACUACGAGUCAGACCGUGUGUCACUGGUCCAGGCCCUACUACUUCUGACGUACUAUUACGAAACUCCUGAUGACCAGAAAGACACAUGGCACUGGAUGGGCGUGGCUACGUCCGUAGCGCACACGAUCGGUCUCCACCGCAACCCAGACAACACGAACCUAGACAGCAAGCGCGUCAAGCUGUGGAAGAGAAUCUGGUGGUCGACUUACAUGCGUGAUCGUCUCAUUGCCCUCGGCAUGAGGAGACCCACCCGCAUAAAGUCCGAGGACUUCGACGUACCCAUGCUGACGAUGGACGACUUCGAGAUUGCACCAAUUCCUGACUCAAUCACAUGCAUACCGGCUGACUGCAAGGUCGCUAGAGAUGUCGAUGUCCAACGUCAAUUGGCCAUCAUGUGUAUUGAGAAGGCAAGACUCUGUCUCUGCAUCUCGCAUGUAUUGUCGAAGCAGUACUGCGUUCUGAACAACAAUCAUGGUCUUCAGAACGACCGGACGACCAUGAUGUUGCUUCCCAAGAAACUUGAUCCUGCAACAAGCGAAGUCAAGACUUGCGAUGAAGAGCUUCAAAAAUGGGUGAACGAACUACCCGAGGAGGCGAAGUACACAGACAAAGCAUCGGGUGAGGCAGCCAUCGAUCUUGCGCGCUCGCUACUGCACAUGGUUUUCUUCACUACGCUGUCGGCCUUGCAUCGACCUCAGGUCCUUCCAAAUUCGCAUGGUGGCCCUGCCAGUGCACCUUCCAGGAUUGAUGUAGAGUCGGAUAUCCUCGAUGCUUCCAGACGCAACGUUCGCCGCGCCGCUUCAGCCAUCACAUCGAUCGCCCAACGACUAGACACCGGCGGACUCGUCAAAUACUUACCCACUACUGGUGUCACAGUGCUCCUUCCCGCCAUCAUCAUCCACCUUCUCGACAUCAAGGCACCAGAGGAAGAGACGCGCCGUAGCUCACUCCGUGGCUUCUGCCAGUGCAUGGCAGUCAUGGGCAAACUUCGUGACCUCUACGCUGCAGCCGACUACUCUGUUGCGUUUCUUGAGGCUGCGAUACGCAAGGCUGGUAUUCACGUUGCGCCAACCUCUACGCAGACAUCGCCAAUGCCUAAAGCUAAUCCUGUCACCUCCGUUGAAGACCUUGUUGACGCUGGUCGCCGUCUCGACAUGGCCAACACGACCACCGCGUUCCAGCAGCAGCAACGCUCGACCCUCACUCCCCCUCCCGAUACCGGCACGACGAAUAUGGCGACGCUUGAGAAGCUCCCUGGUCAACAACCGAACGUCACUGACGAAGAAGUUGCCCGUCGCCUCGAGACAUUCCUUGCCUCCACGCCGCCAGAUUCUGACCACGGACAUCACGACCAUAAAAUCACGUCGAUAACAAUCUCAGAAGAUACACCCCCUGCUCUCGCCCCCGCCCCCGAGGACCUUUCAAUCCACAACCACGACUCGAUGGACGCUUUCAAUAAGUGGAGCAUGAUGGAUCUCCCACCAACUCCUUUUCCGAACAUCAACCACCACCAAGACAACGAAGCGUUAUUCUCCAGCCUGCCGCUGAACAACGAGUUCGACGAUGGCGAUUUCGAUUCCCUGCUGAACCUCGAUGCUGUAGGCGAAACCUUUACUUUUGACGAUACAGCUCUGGAGCACGGCUCUUCAAGCUUUACUACAGAUAUAGGCGACGUCGACUGGCUCAGCACAAUGAACGGGCUGGACGUUGUUGCAUAGAUUAUCACCACUGGCGUUUGGAUUGUAUAUGGAUAAUAAGAUUGGGAAGGAAAAGUUAGCGCAUCGCAAGGUUGUUUUGGUGCGAUGAUAUCCACGUAACUUCGGAUUCGUACAUGUUUAUGUGAUGGUCUGUACGAUAUUUUUUGGCAAGGGUUUGGAUCAAGGACAGAUUGCUACAACUUCAGCCCAGCAAAUACGAAUGCAAAGUAAUUCAUCAGUCAGCCGAUUUACUGAGGCCGAUGU